CCUCAGCACAAACAAGGAAAACUAAAAUUCUCUCUCCUAUUUGGCAGCACAUUUUGUUAGUGUGCCGUAUCAAAAUGGCAGAGGCAUUUUUUAAAGAUCUACUGAAGGAUCCGGUGACUACUGCCUGUGGACACAGCUACUAUAUGGGCUGUAUUCAGGGCUGUUGGGAUCAGGAUGAUCUGAAGGCUGUCUACAGCUGCCCAGAGUGCCGACAGACACGUUGUCCCAAGACCUGUUCUGAGCAGAAACACUUUGCUUCAAGCUACUUUUCCUGCACACUGUUAUGCUGAACCUGGAGAUGUGGAGUGUGAUUCUUGCACUGACUGUUGUUGACAAGAAUAGACCUAUUCAGUUCAUACCCAAAUCCUGUCUGGUGUGUCUGGCCUCUUACUGUGAGACUCACCUCCAGCCUCACUAUCAAUCUCCUGCCUUUAAGAAGCACAACCUGGUCGACGCCUCCACACAACUACAGGAGAAGAUCUACUCUCAUCAUGACAAACUGCUGGAAGUUUACUGUGUAUGAUAGAUAAACAUAAAGGCCAUGAUACAGUCUCAGCUACAAGAGAAAGGACUGAGAAACAGAAGCAGGUGAGGGGAAAUCAACAGAAAUCCCUGCAGAGAAUCCAGAAGAUAAAGAAGGAGAUGCAGAGGCUGAGACAGGCUGUGGACUCUCUGAAGGCAGCAGUGGACGACCUGCACAGGCAGCAGUGGACGACCUGCACAGGCAGCAGUGGACGACCUGCACAGGCAGCAGUGGACGACCUGCACAGGCAGCAGUGGACGACCUGCACAGGCAGCAGUGGACGACCUGCACAGGCAGGCACCUGCACAGGCAGCAGUGGACGACCUGCACAGGCAGCAGUGGACGACCUGCACAGGCAGCAGUGGACGACCUGCACAGGCAGCAGUGGACGACCUGCACAGGCAGCAGUGGACGACAGUGAGAAGAUCUUUACUGAGCUGAUUCACUCCAUUGAGAGAAGGCACUCUGAAGUGAAGGAGCUGAUCAGAGCCCAGGAGAAGGAUGAAGUGAGUCAGGCUGAAGGACUCCUGGAGCAACUGGAGCAGGAGGUGACUGAGCUCAGGAGGAGAUGUGCUGAGAUGGAGCAGUUCUCACACACUGAGGACAACAUCCUGUUCCUUCAGAGGUUCAAAGACCAUAGUACCCCCUGUGUCUAAAGAGUUUACAUGCCACCAUCUAGUGAAGGAAUCUGUCUCAGAACUCAAGAGGCAGCUGAAGAGCUACUGUGAAUAGGAAGCGGUGAAGAUAUCGGCAGAAGUCAAUGCUGUCCACAUACUGCAGUCCCACCCCAGAGAAGAGCAAGCUUCAAGCAGGCCUAAACCACAGCGUUUCACAAGACCACCAUCAGCCAACAACUUAACUUCUGAUAAGCUGGUGGUAUGUGAACCUUUUGACAUGAACAGUUUUCUGCAUCUCUUACGGAGCAUGAAAUAAAUUAAAUGUAUCCGUAAAGGGUUAAAUGACCAGUUGGAGAAUUAUGUCACUUACAGUAAGGCUUCUUUCUUCACCCUUCACUUUUCCCCGUGUUUUGGAAACUCAUAUGAAAUGUAUGUUCUGCCCAUUCUGUUUCUAAGCAGGCAAUACUAUAGCUUCCCUUUAGGCGCAAUACUUCUCCCGAGAGGUCUUGACAUUGUUACGCACGCCUCUGAAGAGCGAACGCAACACCCUGCUACAACUAAACUCUCCGUGAAGUGAAAAAGGUAUG